AUGAUACAGCAAAAUGUUAAAGGAGUUGGUCCAGCCAAAGUCACAAUAACUUGGAAAUUAAGAGAUACAAGUUUUCGACCUGAGACGGUCUUGGAUCUCAUCAUCCGUGCGUAUAUCCCUACAAGUCGAAAAAUUCUUCAAUGCAAGAAACACGACAGAAUUGCUCAACGUACAACACCGAUCUCGAUGGAAGAUAUUUUACGAAUUGCAAAACAAAAUUCAUCAGAAUAG